AUGCUUAAAACAUUCCCUUUCAUUUUUCUAACUCUGAAAAUAGUCAUCGCCUUCAAGACGAGUUCGGAUAUUCUACAAUCACCUACUGCAAUUUACAAAUGUGGAAUAUGCGAGAAGAAAGGCGAGAUAAGCAAAGAAGAAGUGACAGAGCAUUUGAGAGAAACGAUAAUUGGCAUCAAUUUGGCUGGAAAGCACUUGCGAACUUAUAAAAUUGAAUUUACUCAUAGACUUCAUCAGAAGAAUUUUCGAGCGUUCGUAUAUAGUAAUCAAGAAUCAUGGGAUGAAUCGGUUUUGAUGUAUUUUUUAGAAGUUGAAAGAUCGAAACAUGAAGAUAUUAUAGUAGAUAUUGAGGAUAUGACAACAACUAUGCAUAAAGAAAAUAUAACAUCAACAUUCACGAUUAAUAUCAAAUACAUUACUAAUUGCACGAGGCGGUUUACUUAUACAAUAAUCUCAAAACUCGUGAUUGAUUUCCGUAGAUACGAAAUUCUUGAUGUCUCGUUCAAAAAAACUACUCGCAAAUAUACAUCGACUUGGAAAUCGCAAAACAGUUCAACACCAAUUCCAGAACAUCGUGAAUUCGCCAAAGAAUUUUGCGGGAAAUUGAACUUUUUCGAGCAUUUCCACGAUGAGGAUGAGUUUGUUGGGAUUGCUGAAACUGACACUUACUAUAAAUUUGGUUUGCCGGAAUUUAAAGAGUGAGUUGGUUGGACCCACAGAGCCGCAUUUUUCUAAAUUCACUCUGAAAAUACGAGGGGACUAUCUAUAGACUUCUAUAGCAGUUAUAUAGCAGUUUCCUCGUGUAGUUCUCCUGGACAAUACAUUUUUAUUUACGGUUUUUACCCACACCUCGGGUAAAAUUGUGAAAACUUUGGAUUUUCCUGUUUUUGACCUCUGAAACCUCUGAAUUCGUCAGUUUUUGACCUGAAAUUCAGAUUUUUUCAGAAUUAUACUCUGGCCAGCCACGGCUUGGCCGUUAAAUCCGCCGGGUUAUGGGCUAAACAUAUCCGUGUAGUUCUCACGGACAAUAAAUAAAGUUGAAAAAGGUGGCUGGCGGCGUAAAAAUAAAAACCAAAACAUUAGUUCGUCAGUCGCGAGCGGCUAUGCGUCGCGGUCGGAAAGCAAAGAGAAACUAUAAAAGUUGAAAUUUUGUGCUGAAAUAGAGAAUUUCAGAAAAAUGUGAUUCAGGUGAAAAAUUACUGCAUUUCUGUGCUGAAAAUCAUGGAAAUUCUCAUUUUCAGCAAUUUUGGGCAUUUCCAACGUUUUCAGCACCAAAUUUCAGUCUAGAAACUUGAAUUUCUGAAAUUUUUCGGGAUUUUUUGCUAUUUGAUGAAAAUCUGGUAUUUUCCAUAGCAAAAUGUUUCUAGACUGAAAUUUUGUGCUGAAAAUCAUGCGAAUCCUCAUUUUCAGCGAUAAAAACCCAGCUUUUCCAGAUACCUCACCAUUUUCUUCACGAAAUAUCAUAAAACCGGAAAUUAUAAUGAGUACAUCAUGACCAAAGACAAUGAUCAUAUGGUUUUUCAAUGUGAAGUCGCACUCAAAUUUCGAGAUGAACCCCAUGCGGAAUUCUGGACUUUCGACAUCGAAGCCAUCUAUCGCAACAACUCGCAAUGGCAUUUGGCCAAAGUAUUUCUAGGUCACCGCUUCAUAACAAAUCAAUUUGUUUUCGAGAGAGAAGCCAGAUAUUUUGGCGGUGUUUUGAAGGCCGAUAUCAUUUCUCAAAUUUCCGGGAAAACGCGGAAAUCCACAGUCGAUCAUGGUAAUUUGGAUGAAGUUGGAUUUCAGGUUGAGGUUUUUGAGAAUAACAGCACUUAUGUGAAAGUUUGCCCUGCACUUUUGCCACAUCCACAUCCACAAAAUCGAUAUUUGAAAGUCAGAUUGCCUAAAUUCGUAGGAAGAUUGCACGUUUAUAGCGAAUUCAUUAAACGUCAUCUGAAUCUAGAGUUGUAUUUUCCAGAUGAUUUGGGCAUGAGGAUUUUUAUGUCUUUUCAGGUUGUUGAUGUAAGUUACAUAAGUGUUAGUAGUUUUCUAACCUUUUUCUAUACAGCAUGGCGUUUUGGCUAAAUUCUAUACUGCAUAUAUCGGAUGUCCUGAGAUAUCCAAACCACCAACAACUGGAGAACUUGAGAUAAUCAGAAUCGGAGAGGAUACUCAGAUUGAUGAAGCUGAUGAAUUAGUCGAUUCUUCAUUUAUUAUUACAUAA